AUGGGGAAGCCCCGGAUGAUCAUUUUGGUGCGCCAUGCACAAUCAGAAGGCAACAAGAACCGAGAUAUCCACCAGACUAUUCCAGACCAUCGGGUAAAGCUCACGACUGAAGGCCAUCGACAAGCACAAGAGGCAGGCCAGCGACUCCGACACCUUCUUCAUCCUGAUGAUACCCUUCACUUUUUCACUUCUCCUUAUCGUCGGACGAGAGAGACCACCGAAGGGAUUCUUGAAUCCCUAACAUCCGACACACCCUCUCCGUCACCGUUCCCCAGACAUACAAUCAAAGUCUACGAAGAACCUCGACUGCGGGAACAAGAUUUUGGUAAUUUCCAACCAUGUUCUACAGAGAUGGAGCGUAUGUGGAUGGAGCGAGCAGACUAUGGCCAUUUCUUCUAUCGGAUACCUAACGGCGAGUCUGCGGCAGAUGCCUACGACCGAGUGAGUGGGUUCAACGAAUCACUCUGGCGCCUAUUUGGUGAAGACGACUUUGCCAAUGUGUGCGUCCUCGUCACCCACGGUCUCAUGGCACGAGUCUUCCUCAUGAAAUGGUACCACUGGAGUGUGGAGUACUUUGAGGACCUUCGCAACAUCAAUCACUGCGAGUUCGUAGUAUUGACCCACAACCCGGAGAACGGCAAAUAUACUCUACAGAACAAGCUGCGAACGUGGUCGGAUUUGAAGAAAGGCCGAGAACGUGAAAAUGCAGCUAAAGGGCAGAUUCAUGUACCCACCUCUCUGCCAGCCCAUGUCCCGAUCCGACGGAAAUGGGGCGGUUGUCCGGACGGCUGUACUCAUGGUAUAUAUGCAGACGGGAAACAACUAUUGCGAGCCAAUCUGUUGAACUCUGUGCGUCACGGGACUGAUCACUCUCACUCCAAGCACCAUGAUGAACAUGGCCAUAGUUUUGGCUCCAAGCUACAUAAAUCAGUGUCUAUCGACGAGGUGGUCUCAUCUUCAGAGGACAGUACCAUUCAAAAUGAAAUCACUCGAAAACCUAGCACUAGGCAUACCUCCAAUCCAGGACCAGGAAGUGACGACGGGACUGGAGACAACACGAAGCAUUACGACUCAGGCUCAGAGGCCCGGUCAGCCCAGCCAUUGCACCCAAAGCAUCACAAUCAGCAUGGACUCAACCGAAAUAGCGAGGAUCACAUGUACCAUCCGCCAGCACCCUCAUCUUCAUCCUCUGCACACCUGAAGUAUGCCCUCCUCCACCUAGGCGGCCGUGACGGCGGUGGCUCAAUGAGCGGAGCAAAUAGCUUAGCACCAUCCGACGACGAAGGCGAGGAUCACGACCAUCGCCGCCAUUCUGCAUCAAGUUCCUCCAACACCAGCAACCUGUCACACGCAAACCAACAACACUUCCAAUUCCCAUCCCAAACACAAGGACCAGUUCCCUCCCAGGAACUCGAAGAUGACGGCGACGACGAGAUGAGCGGAAGCACAAAACCACGAAAACCUCGACCACACCACCCUCCCCCCAUCACCACCACCAUCACCACCAUCAUCUGUCCACAAGCACCCAACCCGAGCACCGCAUGGCCAACAUCCUAG